AAGCUAUUUAUUCAUCUCGCCUUUCCUCUAGGGUUGACAGGAGAUCGGCGCCCGUGGCUCGAAGUCUAGCUGGUUUCCCCUCGACGAUGAGCGGUGACAGUGGUGCCGGUGCGGCCGGCCGGCGUUACGUGGUCCGACGGGGCGCGAGCGGCUCGGUGGUCACUUACCGGCCGUUCGACAACGCCGAGCACGGACUGGAGCCGGAGUUUCGGCUCCUGGGCCUGGCCGACAUGAAAGGAUGAGGCUGCAAGGUUCCCCAGGGUGUGCUCAACAAACUGCUUAAUUCGCUGAGGGGAGACAGCGGAGCGCAGCAGACUGUGUCGCACCACCCCGAGGGAACCCAGAUCGAUAUUGGCAUGGACUCCAGUGUUGUCCCUCUUGGAGACUCUGGGUUUUCCUUGGUUCAAACUAUAGACUACUUCUAUCCAUCUGUUGACGAUCCUUAUAUAGCUGGCAAGAUAGCAUGCGCCAAUGUGCUCUCUGACCUCUAUGCUCUCGGAGUGACUCGGUGUGACAACAUGCUGAUGGUGAUGGCUGUGAGCACCAAGCUUACUGAAAAACAGAGGGACAUUGUUGUACCCCUCCUCAUCAAGGGAAUCAAGGACUUGGCUGAAGAAGCGGGCACUAGAGUCACAGGAGGCCAGACAGUGCUCAACCCCUGGCCCAUGAUUGGUGGUGUGGCAUCAGCAGUCUGCAGAGAGUCUGAGAUUAUCUCGCCAGACAAUGCUCAAGCAGGAGAUGUGCUGGUGUUGACCAAACCUUUGGGCACCCAGGUGGCUGUGAAUGCUCAUCAGUGGCUUGAGAAGCCAGAGCGUCGCGCUCAACUAGAUAAGGCUGGCAUCACCGAAGAAGAUGUUCGGAGAGUAUAUUUUCGAGCAAUGGACUGCAUGGCACGCCUCAAUCUUACUGGGGCACAGCUGAUGCACAAACAUGGGUGCCAUGGGGCCACGGACGUGACUGGCUUUGGGUUGCUUGGCCACGCACAAAACUUGGUCCAAGUGCAGCAGUGUUCAGUGGGCUUCGUGAUCCACACAUUGCCGAUCAUCGCCAAGGUCCCUGCCCUGCUGGCCGCCACAGGCACCUCAUUCAAGCUCAUGCAGGGAUACUCGGCCGAGACCUCAGGUGGACUACUUAUGUGCCUACCAAAAGAGAACGCUCAAGCAUACUGUGCAGAAAUCGAGCAACUCGAGGGUUAUCCAGCUUGGAUCAUCGGCGAUGUCGUUGAAGGGGAACGAGUGGCAAGGCUGACGGACUCCCUACGCGUGAUUGAAGUGCCUUCUACUGACAGAGAAUCUGAGCUGUGGUAACACAGACUUAGUGGGUAACGGGGAUGUGUAACCAUUAUCAGAGCGUCAGGUGUUCGCAGGCCCUGGAGACAAAUAUCCAGUGUGCGGAGCUUUUGAAAAUGCAGUCAAUGGCAACAUCAUGGCAUUUAGUAUAAAAUUGCGCAAUGCAAGUAAACAAGCUGUGAAAGCUUUAAUACUGCAGAGCAUCAGUAUGAAAGCCAGCUAAAGAUUUUGGUAAGUAUUGUUUUUCAUCAAAUGCAGAUGUUGGUUUUGAUAGAUGCCCAGUUAAUUUCUAUAUUAGUCCGUUGCGAGUGUAGUCUUUGCAGACAUUCCUUUUUGUCCUUAUGUAGAAGAUUUUUUGUUUUUAUUUUAUGUUGUGGUGAUAGAGGUUUUGUUCAAGUAGGAAACAGUGGCUGUUCCCAAGAGAGACCUUUAUGAAUCUACAUCUGUCAAACAUUGUAGGCGGUGUGGAGGAUGGCUUGUCUCCAAUGGGCAUCUCCCACAGCCUGUUGUUACUUGUUUAACCACUUGUCAUGCACUGUGAAUAAAAUAUUUUUACAUGUUU